AUGCCACGUGGCUACACGCAAACACUGCGAUCCGAUCAACCAGACAAAUCCGUUCAUUCUUCGAAAAAUGUACUCAGAAAGCGAGCGAUCCAUUCCUUUAAAAAAUCGACAUCAAGCACGGAGGAGCGGGCGGGGAAAGUUCCGGACGGAAUGGAGAUGCUGCUGCUGACCGUGCUCCGGCAUCUCGCACCCGCACAAUGCGUCAAAAAGACGGUGUUCGCCACCAAGGCACUGGCCCCUAUCGAGAAAGACUACGAGAGCGAAGAAGAGAAAAGGGAGGCAGUCGUGGCGCUUCUCGGAAACGGAUGCUGCCCGGAACAAGUGAUGCAAGCUGUGCGCGAAUGUCAAGAAAAGUGUGACGAUAAGUGAGUUUUAACACGCCUGAUGUGCACAAUUCAGCUGAUAAUGUCUCUUUCAGCUUACUGAGAUCGGUCGUCACGCCGACUCCGAAGAGUAGAAAAAGAUCGACGGAUGUGAGCCGCCAAUAAUUUCUUCCGUGAAAAGUCAGUGUCAACGUGGUAUUAAUUGACCGUUGUCUUCGACUUGAGUUCUGUUUUUGGUUAGCGGCGAAUUCUCCGCUCUACCGUCUCUUCGUGGAUUGGCUACUCAAAAGAUCGUCGGCCCGACAGUACCGGACUCCCGCAACGUCAGUUAGCAUGUUUCAGAAUGGAAGUGCUCGUCCUUUCAGAAGAACUUCUAUCAAAAAGCACCAAAUUAUUGUUCCCUGAGCUGUCUGAAAAUGCACAUUUCCCGUGAAUUCGAUCCAUUUUUCUUCGCGUUAAUCUCUCAUCGGAUAGGAAACGGCGGGGAUUUGGAUGAUGGGAGCAGGGAUUAGAGGCCAGGAGGAGGAGAGGAGCCGUUUAAUAUUCAGCCGAGUGCGUGCACGUUUGCAACUCUUUCAGAGAACUUUUAGCAGGGAAGGGAGCGAAGAGCUUCGCUUUCUUUCGUUCUUUCUGUGCAAUUGCUUCGGGCGUCUAAUGUAAGUACGAAUCCUGAAAAGUUUAAAUGUUGUCAGGUUCUCUGCGCGCCGCCCACCUGUGAGUACAUCAGUUUAAAACAAAGAGCAUCAAUCAAGUGCUGUUGAACGGAGUUCAACGGUUUCAAUUUGACUGCCAUUGUAACAUGAUUCACACUUCUCUGCAUCCCUCUCUCUCUCUCUCUCUCUCUUGCUUUCCUCUCUAAUCUCGCUCAUUCGCUUUUGUGCUCGGAUAUACAGGGUGGGGAAUAAAUAUAGCGCCCAAUUCAAAAUGCCGUAAAAAGUUCAAAUCGCAAGAUUUUUUUCUGUAAAUCUACUAAAAGCUCUAUUAAACAAUAACAAAAAGAAUGGCAUUAGCAGUUUUUGCCGAUUGCACCUUUCUCUUCGUUGGCAGCCGUCAGUCUCCUCGGAUACGAGUCAGCGGCGGCACGGGGGUAGUUGACGUAAAGAUCGUGUCAUGGCUUCCGUAGUUCAACUUUCCGGACUCCCUAUUUUGGUUAAUUGUGAAUGGAUACAUACUAGGCAAACCACCCAAACUCGGAGAAGUCCAUAGAAAUCAUAUCCGACUUGAAAUCUACUCGUUCUUCUUAAGUGAUAAAACUUGCGAAAUUGGCUUUGCGCCACUGUUAGGUGGUUUUGGCUCGAUGAGCAGGUGUACCGUCUUGCUGGAAGACCCUAUCUUGUUUUCCGUAAUCUACUAGAUCCAAGACAGUUCCUUCGACCCGAGAAUCUUACUAGAGUAGCAUUUACGGUUGAUUUUCGCUCCAAUAUCAGUGCUGUUUUGCCAUUGGCGGAAAUUUUCCAAAGAACCAUUACUGAAGCCGGAUAAAAAAUUUUAAAAAUUAUUUUUCCAUUUCGACGGACAGUCUCAAUGUCCCCUGAGAUGACCUUGUUGUUGUGAUUAUCAUUUUCGAUACCAGCAGCGUGUAGCCACUCAUCUCCGAUCAGAGUCUGCAGGCGCGUGCCUUGCCGCGUGCCGCCAACGGGACUUCCGGCUUUCUUGAAGCGAAAGUCCUUGUUAUGGAACGAUUCUUUUGAAUACGAUAAGGAAUCAUAUUUAGUUCCUGUCUGGCAAUAGCUUACAUAGAUUUUAAGCUCAUACGGAACUCUGACGACAUUUUUCUACGUGCUUCUCUCCGGGUUUCUACGAUUUUUUUGCUCUAACCGAUAUGACCAUCUUGGGAGUUGUCACUGGGAUCGGGGGACCACUUCUCUACUUGUCUUCCAAUGUUCCGAGGUGUCAGAAACAUCGGGAAGUCAUAUUAACAAACAAUCUUCCUACGCCGAGCUUCCUAACUAUUUUAGACGAUCGCAUUCCUAUCCUUGUGAACCCCAUAAUUACGGACCUAGGCGAUGACGGAGCCACCAUUUCUCUCAAUAUUAACAGAAUUGUCUGCAACAUAGACAAAUGGUCAAAAAUGAAGUGAUGAAUGGAAAAAAUAACAUGAGCGGCCAUCCCAUUGGUUCUGUAGGCGCCAGCGCUGACGCGAAGUUUGGGCGCUAUAUUUAUUCCCCACCCUGUAAUCUUUUCCAGAGCACCCUCUGUUACCCACUUUCCCUUCUCCUCAUCACUCGCCUAUUUUCUGUCCAUUCCUUAUCACUCACCAUGUCUCUUGUAAAAAUAACAUUCGCUCAUUCAUUUACAUGAGAAAGAACAUGAGAUUCUAUUUUCGGCGCUGACCUCUUCCUUCUUUUUCUUGGUCCGCUAUUCUGAAGAACCUAUAUAAAUGAAGAAGAGGACGUCACAUGUUUAUUGCGUUUUCUCGUUUUCCGGCGUGUCGAUGAUUCCACAUUUCCGGUUGUUAAAGUGACUACAGUAAUUGUUUGGUACUUAGGGUUUUUUUCAUAAAGAGCAGAUAAUCCUAUCGGCCUGAAACUUUCAAAGAUGCAUCAUGUAAUCUUGCGAUGUUAGGAUCGGCCGAUCCGAUCGUUUGACUUCUUACUGUAAGUUUAAAGACUCAAGCCCCAAUUAGUUGGGGUCCAAAGAGCACGAAACAGUGUAACAACCGCCCAUUACACUCUCCAAACCCAUUCUCUUUCACAUUCAAAUUUGUUUGUCUUUCCGUUUUCUGUCUCUUUUUCUUUCCCUCCAAAGUGCACCAGACACAUUCAUCUGCCGAUCAAACUCACACUGGUCAGAACACUUUUCCUCAUCAAAUAUGAAUUCGAAAUCCGAAGUCAACGGUCUCCUUUGAAAAGCAAAGAAAUUCGACGCCUUUUCUCUUUCUCCCCUUCAGUUUCCGUUCGGUCCUUCCCAUUUUUUGUUGUGCCCAAUGAAUUCUUGGCCGUUUUAAUCGCAGAGUCGUUAUUAUCGGGGGGUCCAAAGUUAUUUCCAAAGUUAUUUCCGAUUUUCAAAAAGUUUUACGGCCUCUCAUUUCCGGGACAAAGACAGGAAACGAAAACAAUAAACGCGGGGCGAAAUGAUGUGAUUCUCGCAUUCAAAGCUGCUUACUGCUUACACUGACCGAUGAAGCGGGGCCUCUAAAUAUAGUCGCAGUACCUUAUCUUUUUAAAGACUUACUUUUAACACUGCUCUUAUCAGACUAGACUAGGUCAGCUUUGAAUUCAGACGAUUCUAGAUACAAACUCUUCUGAUUUCGAGCUGUCUCUGAGUCAAUAGAGGGCGAAUGGGGGGAAUGUUUUGGCAAGCAACUGACCACAUUUUGCUUAUAAAUUAUGAGCAAAACGAGGUAAAGCAAAAUAGUUGGAGCUUCACAUUGUGGAACUAAGCGUAGACGUUUUGCAACCGCUGUCAUUUGUUAGAGUUUCUAGCCUGGGGUCUCAAAGCACUUUCCUUAGUUCUACUCUGAAAUCUCUCAUCUUUAGACACUUAUAUCUCAACGUCCAAUGAUUUUUUUCAAAAACUGGUCAAAAGCACGCUGGUACGUCAACUAGUGAACAGAACACUCACAAGUUCACUGACCACAAGAAGCCUUCCGAUAAGGCUUCUCCACAUUAUUUUCUCUCCUUAUCUCUUCCCUUCUCUCGCUUUUUCUUCAAAUUCAAAGUGUUCCCUACUCUUGCCUUCUCGCUACGUAAUCACUUGACACCUCAUCCGAAACGACUUAAAAUGAAUCCCUUCAUUUCGUCGCUAACCGAUCAAAAACUUCCGAUUCGGCUAGACUCGGAGGAAACGCGCCGGAUUUCAGAGUGAAUAACAUGCCACUUUGCCUCUCAAGCAUUCUUCACAAUCGACGGCUCGUGGUCUCGGUUUGAAAAGAGUCGUUGAUUGGGAGAAGUUCUUAUUCAUUGCCAUCCAGUGUAAUUUCUCUUACCACGUUGGCUCAGACAUGCUCAGAUCGCCGAGCAAACAUUAAUGUCAUGUUCUUGCUCUCCAAAAUCCUGAUAGCACGGGUUGUUUUGCUUUUCCCAAAGAACGAGCAGUACAAAUCGUUUUAAUUUUCGAGUCCGCCCACACAAUCUCAUCGUUCAUUCGCGCUGAUCCCUCACUUUCCAGCUUUUCCAGACAUCUCUCAUUUUUCUUGCAGAGCCAACACGGAUUCGUUCAGGAAAAUGCGUCGGAAAGCGCCGCGUGCAACCAUUUUGUACGCGGUGAAUCCGGACAAGGGCGCGUUUCCGUUGCUCAUGACGUUGCCCUACGAGAACUACAAUAAUCAGACGACGUCGACGUCUGGCACCGCCACCGAGGACACCGAAAUGACCGAGAUGAGCGAGGGGAACAAGUUGAAGUGA